GUGUGUGACAUCCCGCUGACAGCCGCGUUCCUCCAGCUCCUCGCUCUGCAGUUUCCCAUCAUGUUUGACCUGGAGCGCGGCUGGAACGUUUCCUUCGCGGGCUGCGGGUUCCUCGGGGUGUAUCAUGUGGGGGUGUCCAGCUGUCUGCAGGAGCGGGCUCCGCGGCUGCUCUCUGAUGCCCGCAAGAUCUACGGAGCUUCGGCGGGUGCCCUAAAUGCUGCCGCUCUGGUGUGUGGCUGCUCUCUUGCCCAGUGCUGUUCCGAUGUGAUGGAAGUGGCCAAAGAAGCCAGGAAAAGAAAUCUUGGUCCUCUUCACCCUUCUUUCAACCUGGUCAAGAUCCUUAAAGAUGGCCUCUAUCGCAACCUCCCAGAAAAUGCUCACGAGCUGGCAACUGGAAAACUCUGCAUCUCUCUCACUCGGGUUUCUGACGGGGAGAACGUUUUGGUCUCUGAAUUUAGCUCAAAGGAAGAGCUUAUACAGGCUUUAAUAUGCAGUGCUUUUGUGCCCAUUUACUGUGGUAUCAUCCCCCCUUCAUUUAGAGGAGUGCGUUAUGUCGAUGGUGGAAUUAGUAACAACUUACCUGAAUAUGAGUUGAAGAACACGAUUACGGUGUCUCCCUUCUCAGGGGAAUCUGAUAUCUGCCCAAGGGACAACUCUACAAACUUCCAUGAGCUGAGAGUUACUAACACAAGUAUUCAGUUCAGCUUGGGGAACCUCUACCGCCUCACGAGGGCGCUGUUUCCUCCUGAGCCCAAAGUUCUUGGAGAGAUGUGUCAGCAGGGAUACAAUGAUGCUCUUAGGUUCCUAAAAGACAACAAUCUUCUAAGUUUGCCGUCACCCUACACCAACCUGAGCUUAUCAGAGCCAAAAGCCCCCUCAUCAUUAAAAUGUAAAAGUCCGGAGUGUAUUGUGUCACCUAAUCCCAGUAAAGCCAGACAGGUCCCUGAAACAAAGUCUCAGGUGACGCCUGUAUCUUGGCCACUGGACAAGAAGAUAAUGGAGAAACUUCCUCCUCAGCUGUGCAAAGCCCUUCAAGAAGCGUGCAAGGAGAGAGCUGGGCUGUACAAUCAAAUCUCAAAACUGCUCCCUAUGCGGAUGGUGUCUUAUAUGGUAAUGCCCUAUACGCUGCCUGUGGAGUCUGCAUAUUCUUUAGCAGUCAGGUUAGUGGAUUGGCUUCCUGAUAUCCCAGAUGACGUUCGUUGGAUGCAGGAACAGAUGUGCUCAGUUGCUGGAGCUAUUUAUUCUCAGGCAAGGAAGAGGCUGAUCCCUGUGAACAGGACCCCAGUACGCAGUACACUGAGGAAGUGUCUGAGCCUCCCACCUCAGCUUAAUCAUGCAUCCACCUAUCUCACUUCAAACAACUUCUCUGCUGUGGACCUAGAGAGCUGGGUCUUUGAUUUUUCUUUCCCUUCAAAUGUGAAUCGUAUUCCAGACACUGAAGAUCAAAUAAGAAAUCUUGAGUCCUCUACAUAUCACAAAUCCUCAUUUAGCUCAGAAGACUCUGGAAUAGAAUUUAGCUUCUCCACGGACUGUUUGGACUCUUCAUCUUCAGAAAAUAGCUUCUAGGUUUUACUUGAAACAAACUACAGUACUGUAAUAUAUUACAUCACUGGUAUUUACAUAGUUAAGAGGAGAUCCAUAGCACCAGAUAUGAUCUGCUCUACAUGAAGGUGUUUUUCCCCCAGUAAUAGAACAAAGAUCGUUUGAAAGCACUUGGAACAAAUUACGAAAUUACGUUCUUACAAGAACCAAAGCUUUUGAAUAUAAUUAAUAAUCUAUAAUGAUGCAUAAUCCAAACAGUGGGUAACAUGGACAGUGCUGAUUGUACUUGCACUGCAUUAGGCCAAGUUUGGCAUUUACCUAGUGCUAAAUACCCUUUGACUCGGCUGGAGGGAUGUUUCUUCUGUUUCCCAACUCCAAAUUCUCUUUCUAUAAUACCAUAGAGAAGUGAAUAUGCUAAAGAUCAACCCAUAUUAGAGUUCUCAUGGUCUCUACAUCUAAAUAUGGUGCAAUCAGGUUUUCUCAGCCUACAGAUUACUUUAUUAAUCUGAUGGAACAUUUUCCAUCUUGUUUCAUCAGGAACAUAGACAAAAAAACAGACUUUCACUUAUGGUGCUAAAUUGGGCUAAAUUAUUUGUAAAUAAGUUAUAAAAAAUAAGUGUGUUUUUAACAACUGUAUUAUGUUUUUACAGAAUAUAUAUAUAUAUUUUAAUUUAAAAAGAACAAGUUUAUUGUAAACAUUUAUAGCACUUUGUUAAAUGUGAAUGUUGGGCAAUCUAUCCUUUUUAAAUGCCGCAAACUUUUUAUCACGGCAUGGUUGUAAAUUUCUGUAAUCUGUGGCUGUUAAAGGACUUCUGAUCUUGUAAAGCAAAUUAAUAUUAAGUCACAUUGACUUGUCCCAAUGUCCUUGAAGUUUUAACUUCUUGGGGUGCUUAUUGGAGUGUGGUACAUUCGUUCCUCAGCUAUACUCAGGUUUUUUUUUUAAAGAAAUCCCAAUACUGCAGAAUGUAGAGACAAAAUACAAACAGGUGCUAUCUAACCUUUAUUUAGCUUAUCGGAAUAGAUUAGGGGUUUUACUCUCCUGUCCUAGACUGAAAAUGUCAGCAAGCUUUAUUUAUUUACCAGCAAAUGGACCAGUGUUAGGUAGGCGCACAUCCUGUAUGUUUGUAAGUAGUCUGGCUUCAUACCAUAACUUCUUUAUAGGAGCAACACACUUGUAUUCCAGUUUAUCUUCAUUACUUGCAUUACCUGGCCAAGGGUAACAAUAUUACAAUUCUGCAUAGUUGGGUAUUGUGUUUGGCAGAUCUCAAGCUUUUAUACCCCAGGCUGUAGUGUCUGAACCUAAGUCAUUGAUGGAUUAUACAAAAACGCUUGUCGUGACACUGACUACAUAGUCAUUCUGUGGACUUAAAAACAUCUUUUGAUACUUUUAAGAUGGGGAGGAUUGGUCUUUAUUUCACAAACAAACAAUGUACGCAAACUGAUUCUGCAGCAUUUUUUGUCUGUUUUCUCCAGAGAUUUAAAUUCAGUAGAGUGUAGCUGCAAAGUUAUUAAAACAUCUCCCUUUUAUUCAUGCAUCAUGAGAUUCCCACAAUUUUUUGUGGGAAACAUCCUUAAUCAUUUGUCUGAUAUAGUGACCAGUCCUAUGUUAUAGUCCUGUCUAAUACAUCUUUGACCCUUUAUAUAAGUUACUGACACUCAUACAAUCAAAAAUAGAGCCACCUAGUGGCCAUAAAGCUUAGUAAACUAAAAUGUAUUAUUAUUAUUUUUUUGCUAACCUAGAAUAACUAAAAUAAUAGUUAAAACAAAUUCAACACUACCUUACACUACAAUGAGUUGGUAAAAUAAAAUAAAAAAAUAAUAUAUAUAUAUAUUCGAGCUAUAAUGUUUUUUUUUUUAUUCCUAAAGGCAAAAUUUCAAACACUUAGCCAAUCAACAUUCUAGCCAUACUGCUAAAAAAACCACACACACAACUACUCAUGCGCUCUGAUCUCUCUGAAAAAAGCAAGGCGGGGGAUAAUAAAACUUCUAGAUGUUAAUCAAUAACCGGAAUUUACGCAUCUACAAUAACAUUGUAUGAAUGAAACUGCUAUUUAAAAAAAUACAGCGAUUCGGGCUGUUCUUUCAAUAUAUAGCAAAUUAACCAUCACAUGUAGAUUUAUGAAACAUCCUCUCAAUCUCUUAUUUUAACGGUUUCAUCAGAAACAAUCCUUCGGGCCCUAAGACACUGACUACAAUGUAUUCUAGCUUAGAAUACUUUAUUUUAAUUUUACUAAGCUUUAUGGCCACAAGGUGAUUCUGUUUUGGAUUGUAUAAAUGUUGGGGUAACUUUGAUAUAAUAUAAAAGAGGAAUGGUUUUGAUGUUAUAGUCACAUGAUUGUGUUUUUUUGUUUUUUCUUUCUUUCAGAGAAAUUGUAUAACUUUGUUGCAAUUUGUAGCAUUGACUUACAGUAGCAUUUUUAUCCGGAUGCUGGUCUGUUUCUCCAGAGAUUUAAAGCUGACUGUAGUUUAGUAUUUUAUUUUUUUUUACAUUAUAAUAAUAAUAAUUGUUCUGCUGUCAUAUAGUAAAUCUUUACACUUCUAAUUUAUUUUUGUAAAUUUGUCUUUAAAUCUGUAAGUAUGUAAACUUUUAUUAAACUAAAAACACAAAGUACUAAGAAAUGUUAUCCAGUAACUGUUAUAUGUGUACAAAGGAAGUUAUAUGAAUUGUUUCUGGUCUGCCUUUUUUUCUUGAACUUUCAUAAAAUUGUUUAAUCUAUAAAAGAAUAAAUAUAAUUUCACAUUUUA